GUGGCAAUCUCUCCAUUCCAUUCCAAACCUGACUUUCAAAGUGAACUAGAGGAAUUGACACGGGCUGGAUAGUACUAAAAAUAAAUCUGUUCUAGAGAAACUGUCGUAUUUUGUCUGUUUUCAGGCAACAGCAUGACAGUGUGGCGGGUUACCGUUGUCUUUACAUUGUGUUUGAUCGCGUUGAGCUCCGCGCGCAGGACUGGUGCUGAAGACAGGGAGGUUUUGGAGAAAAUUAACAGCGCGAAGUGCACUUCGCGCUGCCUCUCUCUGCACAUGACACAACUCACAGCAUCUUUUAAACAUCUUCAGAGUGAUGGUAUCUUGGGCUGGUGUGAGAGCCACAGGAGGUGUUCACAGUGCCUACAGCCUUGCAAGGAACUGUGGGAGACCAGAAGAGCCCUGUCUCAGAAAGCGUGCGAGAAGCAUCAUGAGUGUGUGACCAGUUCGGAGUUCCUGAUGUCUCUGAGGUCAGGGAAGCAGGGGGACUGCCCCCCUCCCCAGCGAGCCACAGGAUUCACUGCCGCCUGCGUGGAGAGCUGCUCCAAUGACAAACACUGCUCCGCCUCCACGAAGUGCUGCUCCAAUGGCUGCGGACACACCUGCCAGGCUCCAGCCAAUCUCUAUAAAGGUGUACCUCUGAAGCCCAGGAAGGACAUGUCGUUCCUGGAGGACCAGCCGGGUCAGCUGGAGGUCAGAUGGAUGUCAAGGUUCAACGUGACCAUUGAGCCGGUCCUCUACAUCCUGCAACGCAGGUGGAACCACGGGAUACACCCCAACGAGGAUGAUGCUUCGCCCUGGCACACCGUCUUCAUGACGAUGGCGGACCGAGUGCUGCUAAAGGACAUCCUUCCCCACAGGUGGUACCAGUUUAGGGUGAGCGCCAUCAACAGCCAGGGCACCCGCGGGUUCACCACCCCCAGCAAACACUUCUUCUCAAACAGAGACCCCUUCCCCCCGGAGACCCCCCAGAGUGUGCGUGUUGGGAACGAGACCCAGGGGACGGACGGCAGCAAUGUGGGGGUACAGGUCCUCUGGGACGCUCCCAGAGAGAGAGACCUGCCUGUUCACCACUACAAAGUCACCUGGAGCCCCCGUCACGCCCCUCGCCCCUCCGCACAGGACAGGAAGGACAAUGCCCGGGUCACUCAUGGGGCUGUGUGUGAGAUGGAUCUCCAGGGUCUGCUGCCAGGUACCUCCUACCUGAUCCAGGUCCAGGCCAUCUCCUACUGGGGACAGAAACGCCUGAAGAGUAGCCGUGCCCAGCUCACCUUUACCACUCAAACUACAGCUUUGUCAUCUCUACCUACCCCACCAGGUCCUAUGCAGACUAAAGGAGAGUUCUCCAACGAGCUCCCCCCCGCCCCCCACCUCAUCAACCCUGCUGCCUCCGAACCUGCCCCCCACCUCGCUACCCCACACAACCUGCACCUGGAAGCCGCUGCCCCCCACUACCACAAUGACCAGCUGCAGGUCAAGGUCUUUUGGAAGAGAUGGCACCAGGAAACCCCUAAGGACUUCACUACAUACGUACUGAGGUGGUAUCCUCAUGUGUGUGCCAGCAACAUCACCAAGACAGAGAAAAAAGCCACUGUGCAGGGAACACAUUAUGUUAUCACAGGGCUGCUGUUCGCCUGUAAGUACUGGAUCGCUGUGGCGCCCGUAGCAUCAGAGGGGGAUCAGAGGUCAGAAGCUUUUACCGUGGUAACAACCCCACCUUGGUGUGCGGUCAGGGCGAGAGGGGGCAAGGCCGUGCCCUGUGCCAGAGAAGAGCGCCCCCUCGUGUCCAGGAAGGUGGUACUGCGUCCUAAGAAGCUGUCAGCAGAGUUCCACACGGUCAACGGCUCCCUGCAGGGCCUGUUCCGCUGGCAUCUCUCCCAUACUGCACCGGGGCAGACGCCCAUUGCAGGGUUCCAGUUCUCCUGGGUCCAGGUGUCCUCCAGCGCCAUGGCAACAGAGGAACAGGACACCCUCAUCUCUCAGACACGGAUAGUGGCCCCGGACCAGCACUCUUUGACAGUGGAGGGGCUGCAGCCAGACAGUGUGUACAAGCUGCAGGUCCAGGUGCUGUCAGCAAGGGUCAAUGGCCCCUCAGUGGCCCGGACGCUUCACACACCUUCCCUCAACGCCACUCUGCAAUGAGGUUCCUCCCCCCAGCGUGCUUCAUGCUCUGCCUGAUCCCACCAAUCACCAUCCUCUCUCUGUUUUUUAGGUUCCUCCCCCGAGCUCUUCAUCACCAUCGCAGUCGCGCGUAUUGAGAACAUAUCGCCACAGCCUGUCUGUUUACACACACACGCAAGCACGCAAUCCCAGUCUCUAUUUUGUCUUUAUCACACAGAUAUAUUGCAUGAUGGACAUCACCUUCACCUGAAAGAUCAAGUAAAUCUAUACCAAGUCUGGCCAUUAAAGUUACAAUACAUGUAUGUUCAAUGUUUAGAGAUGAUAGUUUUCAUGUAUAAUGUAAUCAUAUUAGUAUUUUUUUUUACACAAGUACUGAAUUGUGUCAUACAAGUAAAAUUUCCCUGCAUAAAGCAGUUUGUAAUCUGUUGUAGUGUAGGAUUUUUGUAAUCCUAUGCCAUAAAUUAUUUCAAGCGUAGAUAACCCCAGUGACUGAUAUAUGUAACCCUCUGAUAUAUAUUCUUGUUCCAGUGUUAUUUAUUGUAAUGUAAUUAAAGAGUAUUAUAAUAUGUGGUGUUUUCAUGACCUGUGGCUAAUUCAAGAGGGUACACUGUUACAGAAUGUUUAGAUAUACUUAUGUUAUGUAGAACAGACAUUGUUGUUCGUCAUGGUACAUUUACAAUCAUGUCAGCUCUAUGCAUUGCAUUUCUAUCUGCAACGUUCCAAAUGUUUCACCCUUCUGAACACAAUCACCAUCCUGGUAAAUAUGUUUGUGUCCAUGUGUGAAAGGGAUGGGGAAGGUUUGCCAAAUAUAAGAAUAAACUUAAGCUUUAGUAGACAGGUACAGAGGCUAGGUGGAAGCAGUUAUUCUCUUGUGUUCUGUAAGAGGCCUCUCCAUUUACUGACCAUCAAGAGGAUGGUUGAGGUUAGAAUGUGAGUCUAAUGGCAGUGAAGUGCCAUUGGAAACACUGUUGAUUCAUUGAGCUGCCAAAAUACCAACAUCCACUUUUGACAUGGCAGCGUUGUGGGGCUUUUGCCUACCUUGUAUCAUAGCAUUAUUAUUUUUUAUAAAUAUUGUACUUGGAGUCAUGUAAACUAGUAUACAUCAUUCUUGCCAUAAAAUAAAGAAGUUA